UUUGACGCCAAGGCGAGACUAUCGGCCGCUGCCCCUUUAAGGGCAGUCACUCCUCCCCCCCACCCCAAGCGGUGGCACCCAGAGGGUGGGGGGGAGGCUUAGCGUUCUCGCCGGCGCCCGGUCAACUCGAGAAGAUGGCCCAGGCCCGGGGAAUCGCUCCCACGCCCCACUACCUCCUCCCCUGAGCCGGGUGAGCUGGGAGACCCCCUUCCCUCUUUCUCUCCCGCCCCACGCGCGACGUGGGAAUGGCUCCGUGGCCUCACGGAAACAGCUCUCUGGCCUCGUGGCCGGGUGCCCCCACCCUGGCGCCCAAUACCGCCAACACCAGUGGGCUGCCAGGGAUGCCGGGGGCGGCGGCACUGGCGGGGGCGCUGUUGGUGCUGGCCACUGUGGGAGGCAACCUGCUGGUAAUCGUGGCCAUCGCCCGGACGCCGAGACUCCAGACCAUGACCAACGUGUUCGUGACUUCGCUGGCCGCGGCCGACCUGGUGGUAGGACUCCUGGUAGUGCCGCCGGGGGCCACCUUGGCGCUGACCGGCCACUGGCCCCUGGGCGCCACUGGUUGCGAGCUGUGGACUUCGGUGGACGUGCUGUGCGUGACGGCCAGCAUCGAAACCCUGUGCGCCUUGGCGGUGGACCGCUACCUGGCCGUGACCAACCCGCUGCGCUACGGCUCACUGGUCACCAAACGCCGCGCCCGGGCAGCCGUGGUCCUGGUGUGGGUCGUGUCCGCCGCGGUGUCGUUUGCGCCCAUCAUGAGCAAGUGGUGGCGCGUGGGGGCCGACGCCGAGGCGCAGCGUUGCCACUCCAAUCCGCGCUGCUGCGCCUUCGCCUCCAACAUCCCCUACGCGCUGCUCUCCUCCUCCGUCUCCUUCUACCUUCCGCUUCUUGUGAUGCUCUUCGUCUACGCGCGCGUUUUCGUCGUGGCUACGCGCCAGCUGCGCUUGCUGCGCCGGGAGCUGGGCCGCUUCCCGCCAGAGGAGUCUCCGCCGGCUCCGUCUCGCUCUCUGUCCCUCGUCCCGGCGGGGCCGUGCGCCGCGCCCGCGGGGGUGCCCUUCUACGGCCGGCGGCCCGCGCGCCUUCUGCCUCUCCGGGAACACCGGGCCCUGCGCACCCUGGGUCUCAUCAUGGGCACCUUCACUCUCUGCUGGCUGCCCUUCUUUGUGGCCAACGUGGUGCGCGCCCUCGGGGGCCCCUCCCUAGUUCCCAACCCGGCCUUCCUCGCCCUUAACUGGCUAGGCUAUGCCAACUCUGCCUUCAACCCGCUCAUCUAUUGCCGCAGCCCGGAUUUCCGCAGCGCCUUCCGCCGCCUGCUGUGCCGCUGCGGCCGCUGCCCGCCCGAGGAGCACCUCGCCGCCGCCUCCGGCCCCGCGACCCCUCCGGCGCCCCUGCAGCCCUGACCAGCCCUGCGGAGUCCGGGCAGCGCCGCCGCUUGACGGGGCUUCCUGGGGAAUUUCUUAGACCUUGAAGGACAAGAAACAACACUCCGUUGAUCCAGAACCUUCGGAAAGCCUCUGGCCUCUGUUCAGAAUGAGCCCUGUGGCGUUUCCCAGCUGGAAAACUCUGCCCUCCAGAACCUGAUGACUGGGCCAUGGGAUGGGGUGGGGGAGUCCUUCCCAAGUGGGUUUUCACCAUCCCCUCUCUCUCUCUUUCUGGGAGAAGUUUUCUAAACCCCACCCCUGAACUUCACCACUACCUCAGCAGCGGAGCAUCUGAGGAUCUGGCUGUGCUCAGCUGCCCCCGAGAGCAGCCCGGCUUGCUUCGGCGGGGCACCCAUCACUUUGCUCACUGGUGUGCUGUGUGCUUAGGGUGAAGAGAGCACCUCUCGGCCCAUUCCUUCUGUCGCCCAGACCUGAUGAACCCCGGAUGCUCUCUGGGCUUGGCGGCCCAGGCUGAGAGCAGAAAGCUAGAGAAGGUCAAGGUUUGGGGU